GAAGCGCUCGCGCCGUUAAAGCGCAGGGCGCAGGCGCGCGGCCGGGGCAGGCGCCGUGCGGGUCAGAUGGCGCACAACAAGGCCGCGGACUCCAAGCGGGAGCAGUUCCGCCAGUACUUGGAGAAGUCGGGAGUGCUGGACAUGCUCACCAAGGUCCGGCGAGGCGGCCGGCAGAAGAACUCCCCUGGAAAACUUGGUGCGGCGUGGCCUGGAAAUGGAGCCCGAGGUGCGCGGCGGGGCGGAGCACGGCGGGAGCGGGCAGCGGGCCGCUGGAGCGGCGCCCCGGGGGCUGCGGAGCGCUCCGGCCCCGCGCCUCACUCCCCGUGUGGGGGGCAGUGCCGGAGGUGCCUGCGGAACGGCAGGGCGGGUCCCUUACCCGCGCCGGGUGUGAUGGAGACAUCUCUGCUUCGGCCAAAGUGCUACUUUCAAUGCCUGCGUUUGGUUAGUUAGUUUAUUUUCUUUCAAUGGGUGCUGUUCGUGAAGUUUUUCUGCAGAGGAAGUCAGUGCUUGCGAUGAAAUAACAGCAGAUGUUAUCUUAAUAAUACUUCGUUUCAUACCUUUUGUUGGAUGGAACUUAGUUUCAUUCAUUCUAGGAAAAAAGCACUAAGUUCUGGAUUAAUGACUCCAUAUCAAACUGAGGAUACGAUAAUGCUAAACUUGACACGUGUGACUUGCUAUCUUUGAAAUCCUUCUAAAAUCUUUUUGAGAACCUUCCAAUAGUAUGUAGCAAAAAUGUGUUAAUAUUGAAAGAAUUAAUAUUCUGCUAAUAUUGCAAGUAUGCUGUUUAAAGAGGGAGCAGCAGAUCUAGGAAGUCAAGCGAAUAGCUGCUGCACUAAGACUCUUGGCCUGGUGUGUGAGUACCAUUUGAUUUUUCAAUCGCAGUACCAUCCUGUGGGAUGCAAAACAAGUCUCCCAAGCAGCCUAAUUUUGCUUUUAAAAGCAAAAGGAGUUAGGAGUAAGUAACUUACCUAAGUAACUUUGGAGUUACUUAGCUGAAAACCAGUUUGGCUGUGUAGUGCAGACAUCUGAAACUGGCACGUGGCCCCUGUGGGGAGCAGGGAGUGGUGAUGUUUGGGAACUUCCUGGGUAUUCAUGUGACAGUCUCCUAUUAUGUUGCUAUGUAAUGGCUAUUUUUAUUUAAAUUGUCGGGGUAUUGCUGCUUUUGUCCGGUUUUGGCCAUUAGAGCCCGCAUCCGUAAAGAUUCAGUGUCAGCCAUUUAGUAGCUAUUUAGUUUUGUGACUGGAUGCUCAAUGGAGGUUUGUUGUUCUGCUGGAAGUUACAAAAUGCCGAUGUCUUGUGGUUGAAAGAUGUAGCUUAAGUAGAAUUUUAAUGAACACUAUAGUUAGAAUUUCAGGCUUACUGGCAAAAGCUAGUACGAGGGUGCAUGUGGCAUAUGUAAAAUUUUUCAGGUUGUUUUGUGUUCUGUGCUAGAAUAACCAAAGACUAUGUGGGGUUAGGAAUCAAGAAAACUCUUCAGCUGUUGCCAGGUACAAUGUUCUGUCCCCUCUCAUACAGCAGACCUGUUGCUGAUGUCAAAGUGUACAGGAGAAAAUCUUGUUAAAUGGAAAAAUGCAGCAUGUAUGCUUUCUGACUGCUGGUAUGUGUUUGAAAAACUUAGAGCUGCAUGAACUUCUUGCAAUUGUUGAAUAUUUUCUAU